UGUGCGCUUGCUCCGAGUGCUCGCAGGCGACCCCAAGCAUGCCUGCCACUCUUGGCAUCACCCGAACUCGGCGCGCUCCGGCGGCGGUCGCACCACCGAGUCGCCUAUGUACACUCCGGCAGCGCCGUGGCGCGCGCCGCCCCGUGCCCCGCGGCGAGGGGGCGGAAGGCGGCGGCCCCGCGGCCACGGCGGGCCCAACGUCGCGGGGGCGCCGGCGCCGAGCUUCUGACGCGGCGCCGAUCCUUCGGCCCAUGGCUCAGACCCAGGCAGGCUCGCGUCCGGAGAACAAAAAAUCAGGGCGGGAAGGCUUUCGGCAGUUUUUGGCCUCCGCAUAGGGGCCCUCGCCGGGCCCCGGGGCCGCCGAAUACCUUUGGCCGCCGAGGGCGCUCCACCUCGAGGCGCCCCGCAGCGUGGGGGCCGCCGCCGCGACGACGCGGCGCGAGCCCGCCGCAUAGGCAACACUACGAGCAUAUUGCCGGAGGGCGGGGCGGCGGCCUGGCGGCCCCUCUACUGCUACAGGCAAGCCUGGGCGGCCAGGGCUGUGCCCCUGCGGCGCACCCCGCCGGCGCUGGCGCCGGCCACGAGCCGGCGCCAGGGUACAGGUCGGCUGCGGUCUUCUCCCCUCGUGGAGGGCUCGACGACGUCUGCCGUCCCCCAACUCGCACUGGAGCGGCCACGAG